CGGACCGCAGGAGCCGCCCGGUGGCCUGGCGCGACCCGCCGCUGGCCCUUGCGCCCUCGGCUCCCGCCCGCGCAGUCACCGCCGGGGAUGAUGAGAUAGCCAGGUACUCACUGGCCUCAAUCCUGGUGUCUUCUCAACGGCAUUUCUGGGGUCCACCUCCAGCAUCACCGUAGCCAGUCUCAGAACCCUUGGAAAUUAAAGAGAGAAUAUACCACCUAUAUUCUUUUGACAGUUUCUAUCAUAUAUUUCAAACUUCCUGAAUGAGUACAAGGAUUUGAAGCCCCAGGUGGUAACAAGCGGGGAACAGACAAACCAAAAGGAGAGCCUGUGGGUGGAGAGGCCAUGGAAUACCCGCCAACAAGAUAAUCAUCGCUGGAAUAACUGGGACGUGUCUGAAUGUAGGCUACAGCCGUCCUGAAGGUUGAUGGAGGGCCAUGCUAUUCAAACAGCAGGUGUGGCUGAGACAGAAGCUCUUGGUGCUGGGAAGCCUUGCCGUUGGCAGUCUCCUGUAUCUAGUCGCCAGAGUUGGGAGCUUGGAUAGGCUACAACCCAUUUGCCCUAUUGAAGGCCAAUUGGGUGGAGCCCGAGGUCAGGCGGAAUUCCCUCUCCGAGCUCUGCAGUUUAAACGUGGCCUGCUCCAUGAGUUCCGGAAGAACAACGCUUCCAAGGAGCAGGUUGGCCUUCAUGACCUGGUGCAGCAGCUCCCCAAGGCCAUUAUCAUUGGGGUGAGGAAAGGAGGCACAAGGGCCCUGCUUGAAAUGCUGAACCUCCAUCCGGCAGUGGUCAAAGCCUCUCAAGAGAUCCACUUUUUUGAUAAUGAUGAGAAUUAUGCCAAGGGCAUUGAGUGGUAUAGGAAAAAGAUGCCUUUUUCCUAUCCUCAGCAAAUCACAAUUGAAAAAAGCCCAGCAUAUUUCAUCACAGAGGAGGUUCCAGAAAGGAUUUACAAAAUGAACUCAUCCAUCAAGUUGUUGAUCAUUGUCAGGGAGCCCACCACCAGAGCUAUUUCUGAUUACACUCAGGUGCUAGAGGGGAAGGAGAGGAAGAACAAGACUUAUUACAAGUUUGAGAAGCUGGCCAUAGAUCCUAAUACUUGUGAAGUGAACACAAAAUACAAAGCAGUAAGAACCAGCAUCUACACCAAACAUCUGGAAAGAUGGUUGAAAUACUUUCCAAUUGAACAGUUUCACAUUGUAGAUGGAGAUCGCCUCAUCCUGGAGCCUCUGCCAGAACUUCAGCUUGUGGAGAAGUUCCUCAAUCUUCCUCCAAGGAUAAGUCAAUACAAUCUAUAUUUCAAUGCUACCAGAGGGUUUUACUGCUUGCGAUUUAACAUUAUCUUUAACAAGUGCCUGGCGGGCAGCAAGGGGCGCAUUCAUCCAGAGGUGGACCCCUCUGUCAUUACCAAAUUGCGCAAAUUCUUUCACCCUUUCAAUCAAAAAUUUUAUCAGAUCACUGGAAGGACAUUGAACUGGCCCUAAAACAAUAUGUCGUGCAACACUAUGUGUUAUGCCUGGAGAUACACAAUGUCUCCUCCAGAUUAAAAUAUGCACUUUUCAUAGACAUAGCUAUCCACGUCAUUUUUUCCAUGUAUCCUUGUACAUACGCAGUAUGUGACCAAAUAUAAGAGCAGUUCCUUUUCUACUGAAAAUUUACAAAAAAACAGCUGACUACAUAGUUGCGUCUUUUAAGCUAUUUACAAAAAAAGAAGAGAUAAAGGUAGAGGGGAAAGUGACUUCAGCUGUUCUCAAAGAGUUAGUCUUCCUUUGAUUCAGAAUUUGUCCUUCGCCAUUUUCAUAGAUUUAAGCCAAAAGAUAAAUGUGUGAAAAAUGUACCAAUAGCUGUGAAGCUUCAGGAAGUAGAGGAUCAAUUAUGCAUUUUUUUAAGGGAAAGCUGGCUCUUUAAUUCAGUUGCUGAAUUAGUGCCAUGAAACCAGAAAAUGCUAUUUUCUUAUUAUUUGAGAGAAUAUCUUAUCCCACAAAACUGUCAUUGUCCCAAAGUUCUCGUGGUGACUUUGCACUAUCAUUUUCUUGUAUGGACCAUGGUGUCACCUGUAGCGCGUUACUCACACGUUGGAAAGCCAAGUUCUUUUACUUCCAUGUUAUGUGUCAACCAAGAGCAAUGUCAUGUACAUAGUGUAUAUUGUUGUAAAUACUGGUUUCACACUAAGUAAUUCUAUUUUGUAAACUGAAUAUGGCUAUUUAAUUUAUUGUGAAAAUUAAAUUUAUUGUGGUAUUUAAAAAUGGAAUGGAUUAAAAAUAGUCUGUGUGUAAUUUUUUUUUAUUCAUUUUGUUUUACAUGCCCCCUCCUGGCUACCAAAAUGGGAGCUGUUUCUGUGCAUGUGAGAGCACUUGGAAAGAUGUGCUUAUUCGUCGGAUUUCUGUACCUUUGUAAAAAUGUAUUUACCAAGUGAGGUUGAGUAUAUUUAAAAAAAAAAAAAACUCAACCAUCAUGAAAUCAAGUGUAACAGCCACCUUAAACAACCCUAGUGGGGCUCUGCUAUAAAUCUGUAACAAUUACAGUAAUUUACUUGCAGACCCACUGUCCCAGGAGAGAGAGACAAGGAAUUCUUUAACAGAAUCAAUGGAUAGAAGAAUCCCCAUUUUAUUUGAACCUCUAAUCAGAGUCACACCAGUAGAGAAAUAUAAAAGAAAAUUAGAAAACUUCUGUGGCCUCUGUACUGAAAGCUGCUGAUGCUUCAAAAAUGAAUACAAGCCCUCAGAACUCUCUUUUAGAUGAAAAUAUAUCAGUCUGCUCAGAAAUGAUUACAUUGCAUAGUGUUGCUAUUACCAUCGUCAACAUAUGGCUCAUAUUUCCAACCAGAGAAAUUAAUGCUAAAUUGAUGCCUCACUAACAUCAGAUGCACUGGAUUAUGCUUAAGUAUGUUUCAGAAAAAUAUGGAAAGGGAUAUCAAAACAACCACCAAAAGGACGAAUUUUUCACAAGCACAGUUGCUAAUCCAGUGGCAGCUAUUUGAGAGAGUUUUGUUCAGCAUCGCAGGGAGAGUGCCUAGGGAAAUCAGCAAAUUAUAGUGGAUUCCCUCUGUUUGUAAUGAGUGUUGAUUUUCUCCAUGAGUUGUUUACUCUGUCCAGUGAUUUGAUGGUGAACUUUUCUAAAUAAAUAGCCCUUUCCCCUCC